AUAUCGAACAAACCACAGACAACUAUGUUAUGUACUUAUCUGUCGUCAUUUGGUAUUGAUACGCCAUCGCGUUAACCGAGGGUCGAGUCGAAAUGUUAUCAUUUAUUAAAACAUUUCUUGCUACUGAUCAAAAUGUUGUUAACGUUUUUAAACCCAUCUAUAUUUUACUAUCUAUCUUAGGGCUGUUUCCCUAUACUAUUAAAUUCCCAAAAGGAAAACAUGCAUUCAUAAUAACACGCAAAACUUUUAUUCUCCAUUCUCUUUGCGGUCUCGUCAUGUUUGCAUUUCUUUGUUUCAAUUGCUUCUACAAAUUUAAAUUAUUGACAACAGCAUUAAAGACACAUACGACGAAGAAUUUAAUUACACACAUUAAUUAUUUUAUUGGAAUAUUUUCUAGAUUGAUUUGUGAUGUAGCUUUAUAUUAUUAUACGGUCAGAAACGCUAAAAAUUACGUAAAUAUACUUCAAGAAAUAGCUUUUCUUUGGUCUGAAUUGGUUUUUGUUAACGUGAAACCAAUUAUGCAAUUCCUGCUUAAACGUUUGGUUUUGGCGCCUGUACUUUGGUUCAUGUUCUUUCUGAUAUUUCGUCUGGAAAUAUAUUACGCGGAACAUAAUAAAUUCGGCCUCGGUUUAUUUCUAUUUUUACCUGAAAUGGUUACGAGUCUAGUGGUGAUUUUCUAUAGUUCCCAGAUUCUGUUGGUAGUAGGAUUAUUGAAGAAUAUUGAGAUGCAUUGUAAAAUGCUAGUAAAUAUGAAACAUGGGGUUUGUGGAACAGAUUCUAACGAUGUGGAUAAUCGCAAUCUCUUCAAUCAUUUAGAGCUAACUUAUGUAAAAGCAUUAGAAUUGAAACGAAAAAUUGGUAAAGCAUUUGAGACUCCUCUUGCUGCUAUUAUUAUACUAUGCUUUCACACGGCAUUACGAAAUACACAUACCAUGUACCAUGGCCUAGUGAUUUCUAAAACGAUUAACUAUCAUAAAAUAUCCGAAAGGAGUUUUUGGCUUGUGUAUCCUUUAGCGAAAAUCUACGUUUUGGCUUAUGCAGGAAACCAGUUGCAAAAUGAGGUUAGCAAAAUAGGUGAAACGCUGCAUAAUAUACCAAUCGGGGACCAGGAAAGGCUUUGUUUGGAGGUUCAGCAUUUCACUACCCUCAUGUCCUUUCAUAAGCCACAAAUCACGAUCUAUGAUUAUUUUGCCCUGGACAUAACGCUAUUUUUCAGUAUAAUGACGGGCCUGGUGACGUACGUGUUGCUACUGGUGCAGUUCGACAGUCCACCCAAUUCUACUGCCAGUGGAUUCACUUUCGUGGGCUUUCGAGAAUGUUGUCUGUGAAUUAAUCGAAUAAAGAAUAUACAAUACAAUGCAAAUCCUUUUUAUUUCACCUCAUAAUAAAAUAAGGAAACACACAUAAAGACAGAGGUAAACAACCUUAUCGCUAAAGCGAUGUCUUCCAGACAACCUCGUCAAUAUCCACUCUAAAAGCAGCCUAAGGCCUCAGUGGCGACGUGUUCCAUAUCAUAACUUUCCUAUAACAUGUUGAAAAGCGAUAAACUUAUGGCCUAUAUUAAAAACCUUUAGCUGUAGUU